UUAUGGCUUCUCCUAGCAAGGCAGUUCUUGUUCCCGGGAACGGAGGCGGGGAUGUGGCCACCCACGGCUGGUAUGGUUGGGUGAAGAAGGAGCUGGAGCAGAUACCAGGUUUCCAGUGUCUGGCUAAAAACAUGCCUGACCCAAUUACAGCUCGAGAGAGUAUCUGGCUGCCCUUCAUGGAGACAGAGCUGCAGUGUGAUGAGAAGACCAUCAUCAUAGGCCACAGUUCUGGGGCCAUCGCGGCCAUGAGGUACGCAGAAACACAUCGACUAUAUGCUAUUGUAUUAGUGUCUGCAUACACAUCAGACUUGGGGGAUGAAAAUGAGCGUGCAAGUGGAUACUUCAACCGCCCCUGGCAGUGGGAGAAGAUCAAAGCCAACUGCCCUCGCAUCGUGCAGUUUGGCUCCACUGACGAUCCUUUCCUUCCCUGGAAGGAACAACAAGAAGUGGCCGAUAGGUUGGAAGCCAAAAUGUACAGAUUCACUGACCGUGGCCACUUUCAGAACACAGAGUUUCACGAACUGAUUAGUGUGGUCAAGUCUAUGCUGAAAGUACCAGCAUAGACAGGAUGAUUUCUGCUAUUGUACAUCCCAAUAUAGGGGUAGAGCAAUAAUAUCUAUUAUCAUAUAAUUACUGGGCACAUAAAGCAGAUCAAGUUAAGUUCCA